AUGGGACCACGACGUAAUGUUAAUUCAAAAUUGCGAAAGAAAAAUACGUUUGUAGAAAAAUUACCUCGACUAGACGAAAUAGAACGGCUCGGUAGUCACUUGAGGCGAAUUCUCAUCGAGCCUCGUCUGACGCGUAACACACAGUCGAUUACAACAACGUCGAGAAACAACGAAUCGCGCUUGAAUGGGCCAAUCCUUUCCAAAAUCGAAAUUCAUGUUACAGGUCCCCGCGGCGCCGUUGGCGGUUGCAGCACCCCCGGCAGUAGAGUGGAUCCCUGGUGGAAUCCUGGUUCCCUCUUCCCCUCGACCCCUGGGCCCCCAAGGAUCGACGAGGGGGCACCGGAUAACGGUAGUGGUGGUUUUCAGUUCUGUAGUCCACCGAAUCGUAACGCGAAUAGUCCAUCGCAACAGUCUCAACAGCAGCAGCAUCAUUCGAAUCAACGGCACCAGUCGCAACAUCAGCCGAAUCAGUCAAACGCUGGCAGGAACGUUUGUACCAGCUACAGUAUCGCCCCGACCUCGUCCUCUUCGUGCUCGUCGUCGAGCCUCGGUCACGUGGAUACGGUAGCGCGAGGUGUCGAUGCCGUAGGUUCGCAUGCUAGCGUGUACGGCAUCGCCUCGUCGUCACCGGAACCCUCAGCGGCCAGCAACCUCAUCCUUUCCGCGCUCUUGACCACCACGUCCUUCACGGAAACCCAUAACCAGGCAUCGCGAGCUGGUGGCCCAGCGACUACCACGGGUCACAGCAACGCGUUACAAUCCACGACCACGACGUCCCUCAGCACCGCGAACGCGCGGAACGCCGGGACCAGCAAUAUCUCGUCGGCCGAUUCCUUAAACGGAAUCCUAUCGUCUCUAAACGUUCGGAUCAAGACGGAGGAAUAUCCGAAAAUACGUACGGAGGAACGAAGAGCGACAAACGCGACACUUUCAUCAGCGUCACCGUCGCUGUCUUCGUCCUCGACGUCCACCUUCAACGCCUCCCUGCUCAGUUCUCUGCUCUCCACUUCCCGCAUCUCGGCCGCUUCCUGCAGGAACGACAACGACGAGGACAUUCUCUCCAGGUCGUGCAUCAAGCUAGAGUAUCCGUCUGCGGAUACGCAGCAGCCGGGCCAGGAUCAGCAACAGGAGGAGCAAACCGCUGUGCGCGGCAUCAAAGUAGAAUAUCCCCUCAGCCAAUCGUCUCAAGACGUUCUGGACCCGGGCGAAGAAGAGGAAUUAACCGCCACGUCGCCGUACGACAUCAUAUCAGCCGGGAAUCCCAGGUGUCUGUCGAAACAGAGCGCUUGCUCCGGCAAAAGCCAAACGAGUUCCUUGGUGAAAGACGUGAUCGUGCCACCCUGUCCGGGCGGCGUGUCGCCAACCUCGGACAUAGUGAUCGAGAUGAAGUACGAAACGCAGUCCGGUCCGCCGACAGCGCCACCGCAUCUAACCUCGUCCGGGGUCGAACCGCCUCACAGUAGUCAAGGAACGGGCAUCGUCGUCGGCGGUUCUCCAGCGGAGGUCGUCGGCGUGGACAGUCUACUGCUGUCCCCAUGGGGAGCGACUGGGCCGGAUUUUCUCGAGCCUCCCGACGUGAAGCAAACGGCAGCUGGUCUGCAGGAUGCAUGGGAUACUCUUCUCCUCGGUUCGUCGGUCGGUGUUGCCUCUGCGCAAUCGUUGGCAGAGUUGAAACCCCUUCCACCCUUCACGGGAUACACCGGACAUUUGAGUAUUAACGGUAUACCUGGUCAUCACUAUCACACAAUAGCCUCGUCGGCGCAGAGGCCGUCGUUACCGUCCUCUUCGCCCACGUCUUCCUCGAAUCAGGAGUACUACGAGUCACCGGUGGUAUCCUCCAGCACACCGUGCCCGCAGGGUAGCCAGAAACAGCAGCAACAGCAGCAGCAGCAGCAACAGCACCAUCAGCAUCAGCAGCAGCAGCAACAGCAGCAGCAGCAACAGCAUCAUCAUCAUCAACAGCAGCAGCUGCCUCAGUCGACGCAACAGGUGGAUUACGACAUCGAGGAUAUAGCGGAGAUCAUUGGUUCCGCGAUAGCCGACACGACAGUUCCUGGCGGUGGUAAUGGAGCAGGCUCGGAACACGAUCCGGACGCGUCUCGCGACUGGAUCGACAUCGCCGAAUGGAUCGACACCGCGUGCUCGCCGAAAGCUCAAGAGACCACGUCGCCCAGUCCGUACCCGCAGAUAUACGCGACAGCGACGCCCUCGACACAGGCGCAACAGCACGGCUCGACGUUGCAGAGUCUGUUGACGCACGGGUACGCGCCUCUGAUCAACGCCAGGUUACAAUCCGCGAACGCUGGCUUGCAGAAUGCGUCCUGCGGAGAGACACCGUCGUCGACGAGUCCUUAUCCACCUGUCAGCCCACCUGGCAGGGUUUCGACCUCGUGCAGCCCUGAUCAUCUGCUGCACUCGUCUUUCGCCGCACCCUCGCAUCCCAGGAAGAGGUCACGGCCUACCCCAGGCUCGCAGAAUCCGUCGAAGAAGAGUCCGGGUACAGGGGCGACGGCGUUACCCUAUGGGACCGAGUCCGGCCUGAUAGGUGGCAAGGAGAAGCCCGUGCACAGGUGUUCCAUCUGCAACAGAGGAUUUUUGAACAAGAGUAACAUCAAGGUGCAUCUGAGAACUCACACGGGUGAAAAGCCGUUCAGGUGCGAAGUGUGCGGCAAAGCCUUCAGACAGAAGGCGCAUCUCAUCAAACACCAACAGAUUCAUAAGAGGAUCGGUAGGGAUUAG